UCACUUGACGACGGCGGACAUUCCCUCGCGGCCAAAAUGGCUGGCAAUGAACUACAGGGAGGGGAAAAUAUUCACACAGCCGUAUCCAACGAAACAAAUUUGCGUCCAGAAGAUGACAGCAAUGAUAACGCGGUGCAGAUUAUGAAAGCAAAGCAGGAAAAGAUUGCGCAAAUGUUCCUGGCCCGGCCAGCAGUUCCAGAGGCCAAGAUUGCUGUGGCUGACGAAACAAAUGCGUGUCCAGAAGAUGACAGCAAUGAUAACGCGGUGCAGAUUAUGAAAGCAAAGCAGGAAAAGAUUGCGCAAAUGUUCCUGGCCCGGCCAGCAGUUCCAGAGGCUAAACUUGCUGUGUCUGAAAAUAUGGUCAAAGAAGUCAAAAUGACGAAGAAUAAUAACAGGGAAAAGACUGACAUGAAAAAGAAGACAAAAGACAAGAAAAUAAAAAAGGUAGAGCCAUGUAAGGAUAAUGCAGGUGUUGGGGCAGAAAAGAAAUACGUUCCGAAUGAAGCUCUUGCUUAUGAUGAUGAAAUAACUGUAAUUGAGGAAGAAGAUGAUCAAAAUAAGUCAUGGAAGCUCCUAAGUUGUUUUGAUUUCAUAAGAAACUGGCUUUCUAAGAAGUACCAAAAGCAUCAAGAGAAGCUUCAAGAGAAAAAGGAACGAAAAAGAUGGAAAGGACUCACAGUUGUAGAAAUUCAUGCACCACCAAAGGAAGAAAAUGAAGGCGAUCUAGACGCCUGUUAUGUCGACGAUGUCGACAUCUAUUUCUCUUAAGUUUCAUGCCGACCGACUGCCACCUGCAAACAGUAGGCCUAUUCAAAUUUUACUGAUCACUUGACAGGACGUA